AUGGGCAGCAGUCAAUCACUGAUUAAGAGGCGGGCACUGGGCGUUGCCAAUCAGUGCAGGCGGACCCCACGAUUGGCACAGUCAGGUGGAAGAAGGCGGGUUCUUCCGGUGCCGAGUGCUGAAUUGUGCAUCUCGAGCGCUGAAUUGUGCAGCCAGGGCGCGCUGCUGAGAAUCACUCCUCUGGGCUCUGGUGUUCUCUUCUCCACACUUCUCCGCUCCGUGCUGCGUGGGAAGGAUCUGGGCGACGCGCACACGAUGGUGACGGAAACAGUGACCUUUAAGGACGUGACUGUGAACUUCACUGUGGAGGAAUGGGCUUUGCUGAAUCCAUCCCAAAAGAAGCUCUACAGAGAUGUGAUGUCAGAAACACUUAAGAACAUUGCUGCCAUAGGACGAUACUGUAAUAAUAAAAAAAUUGAAGAUGAGUACAAGUGUUGGAAGAGAAAUCUAAGAAGUGAAGACAUAGAGAAAUUCUGUCAAUAUAAAUUACUGAAUCAACCUGAAGAAAUGUUUUUUUGGACUCAAUAUCCUAAUGUCAAUAUGAAAACACUUGAUACAAAACCAGCUCAAAGCCUUCCUUGCAGAAUUCCCCUGAUUGAUCAUUCAUCAUUAGAUGUGCCCAUCAGUGCUCAUAAUGCACCCAAACUAUAUGAGUAUCAGGGAUCUGAAGAGAAGCUGUCUAAUAGUAUGGAACAUGGGAAAAUCUGCAGUGAUUUCCAGUCCUUUCAGAAGAAUGCAGGGAUAAGUCCUGGAGAGAAAUCUUGUGCAUAUAAGCAAUGUAGAAAAGCCUACUCUGAUUCCACUGAAGGAACUCAUAUUAGAAAAAAGGCCUUUGCAUGUAAACAAGAUAGGGAAGCCUUCAGCACACUCAGUGACAAAAACCACAGUGGAGCAUAUAUCUCUGUGUGCACACAAAGAGGAAAAGAUUUUAAUUCUCACAAUAUUCAAACACAUGAAAGACCUCACGUUGCAGAAAAUCCCUAUGUAUGUAAAAACUGUGGGAAAACCUUCACUAAUCACUCUUUAUUUCGUAGACAUGAAAGAACUCACAAAGUGGGGAAAACGUAUGUAUGUAAGCAAUGUGGGAAAACAUUCCUUCAUUACAGUUCAUUAUUCAGACAUAGAAGAACUCACACGGGGCAGAAACCCUAUGUAUGUAAGCAGUGUGGAAAAGCAUUCGCUGUUAGUGCUUCACUUUGUAGACAUAAGAUAACUCACACUGGAGAGAAACCUCAUAUAUGUAAGCAAUGUGGAAAAGCUUUUAACAGACGCAGUAAUUGUCAGGCACAUGAAAAAACUCACAUUGCGAAGAAACCUGUAGCAUGUAAGCUGUGCGAAAAAGCAUUCAUGCAUGACAAAUCCUUUUGUAUCCAUAGAAAUCAGACUCAAGAAAAACCUUUUGAAUGUAAGCAAUGUGGGAAAGCAUUCAUGUACAACAAAUCAUUGUGCAUCCAUAGAAGAAAUCACAAUCAAGAGAAACCGUUUGUAUGUAAGCAUUGUGGGAAAGCAUUCAGCAGUCACAGUGGUUGUCAAGCACAUGAACGAAUUCACACUGGAGAGAAACCCUACGUAUGUAAGCAAUGUGGGAAAGCUUUCACGCAUCGUGGUAAUUGUCAAACACAUGAAAAAACGCACACUGGAGAAAAGCCCUAUGUAUGUAAGCAAUGUGGGAAAGCUUUUAAGCAGCGCCAUCAUUGUCAAGCACAUGAAAUAGUUCAUACUGGAGAGAAACCAUAUGUGUGUAGGCAAUGUGGGGAAGCCUUCACUAGUAACAGUUCAUUUUAUGUACAUAAAAAAAGUCACACCUUGGAGAAACCCUAUGAAUGUAAACAUUGUGCAAAAGUAUUCUUGUGUAUCAGUUCAUUUCGUAUGCAUGAAACCAUUCACACUGGGGAAAAACCGUAUGUAUGUAAACUGUGUGGGAAAGCUUUUAGGCUUCACAAAAGUUGUCGAACGCAUGAAAAAUCUCACACUGGAGAAAAACCUUAUGUAUGUAAGCUGUGCCCAAAAGCUUUCACCACUCAGAGUAAUUGCCAGGCACAUGAAAGAUCUCAUACUGGAGAGAAACCCUAUGUAUGUAACCAGUGUGGUGAAGCCUUUGCUAAUCAUAGUUCAUUUUAUAGACAUAAAAAGAGUCACACUGCAGAGAAACCCUAUAUAUGUACCCUAUGUGGGGAAGCCUUCGCUAAUAAGAGAUUAUUUUACAGACAUGAAAAGACUCACCCUGGAGUAAAACCCUUUGUAUGUAAGCAAUGUGGGGAAGGCUUCACUAGUAAAAGUUCAUUUUAUAGGCAUAAAAAGAGUCACACUGGAGAAAAACCCUUUGUUUGUAAGCAAUGUGGAGGAGGCUUCACUAAUAAGAGUUCAUUUUAUAGACAUAAAAAGAGUCACACUGGAGAAAAACCCUUUGUAUGUAAGCAAUGUGGAGAAGCCUUCACUAAGUACAGUUCAUUGUAUAAACACAAAGGGAGUCACACUAUAUAGAAACCCAACAAUUAUGUGUGAAGGCAAUGAAGGAAAACUUUCAUCAGUCACUGUCAGAGAAAAAAUACACUGGAGGAAGACUUCAUGUAUGUAAGCCAUAUGGAAAAUACUUCAGUUUUCCAGCAAUUGUGGCACUUAAAUAGUAUCAGAGAAAGUUAACUGUAGUAGUUCCACAGGGGAAUGAAAUUAUUUAUGUGUUAGUAGGUUCCAUCUUUUUGUAGAGUUUGUUGUUUUGCUUUCAGUUACGUAGGGGCACUGAAAUCUAAAUUUUGUCAUUUUCCCAUUAUAUUCUGCCUGAAUUCUUGGUAUGUACACUUCAUUUUUCUUUUCCAAAACAAGUUUCAAAUUGGAUAUGAUACCUUAUCAUGUAUAUUUAAUAAUAUAGCCUACAUGUGUUUUGCACUGAGUUCAACUCUUCUCAAAAAAUUAUAGCUUAGGGGUUGGGGAUAUACCUCAGUAGCAGGAGCACCUGCCUGGUGAAAUGUAAAGUCAUGAGUUCGAUCCCCAGUACCAAAAACAAUUGUAGCUUAGUAAAUACUGUUUUGUCUAUUCUCUGAAGCUGUCUGAAGGUAUUUGUAUGUAUUGCAAAAUAAUUGCAGAUUAUAUCCAGUACACAUUUUGUCUGUUUUGUGAGCUAAUAUUAUGUUUAUACAAUGUUAAGCAUUUUACUAUGUAACUUUUAUUUUCAUGCCAGUGUUGCCACAUUUUGUUUUGAUGAUAAUUUUUAGAUCAAUUACAUGCACACACACACACACACACAGAGCUGUGGGCCCCCUACUGCUGGAGACUAGCUACAAUGUAACUUCUGUCAAACAGGAAAUAAUGAAUUAUGCUAAUUAUAUUAAUUAGUCUAUAAAUUAUGAAUUUAUGAUUUGUCUGUAAGAACAUACGCAGCAAUUGAGGAAUGAUUUCUACUUUUUUUUUUUUUUUUUUGGUCUUGAGACAUGGUCUCACUAUACAGUUCAGGCUAGCCUUGAGCUCACUUCAUAACCCAGUCAUCUCAAAUUUACAACAGUCCUCCUGCCUCAGCCUCCUGAGUGCUGGCAUUACAGGAGUGAGCCACCAUGCUGGACAAGAAUAAUUUCUGUUCUUUUUCUCUUUCUUUCUUUGGUACCAAGGAUUGAAAUCACAACCUUGUGCUUGCCAGUCAGGCACUUAGAUCACUGAGCUAAAUCAUGGCCCUCUGUUCUUUAUAAUAAAGCAGAAUCCUUUGUUCUGUUCUUUGAUACUACAUACACCAUUUAGUCUUCGGUAGCCAUUCUUUUUUUACUUAGGAAAUUGAAAUAAAGGCGUGAAGUAGAAUCUAAAAAUAUCAAUGUUUAGUAAAAAUGGGAAAUUUAAUAAUUUUUGUAAUUCAAACUGUUCUGUUUUACUAACUUUAGAGAUAAAUACAGGCAAUGCUCCUUUUAUCAUCAGUAAGGGCCACUGAUGGCCGAGGUAAAUGAUAACUUUCUGAACGCAUAAAGAUUUGUAAAAGUGGCAUGAGGCCACUUCUGGAAUCAUUGAAUUAUGUCUUUCCUCCUAACAUUGAAGGUUUUGUUUAGUGAUCUAGAUUGUUUUCCCCAUGAAUACAGAAGCUGCUUAAUUUUCCCUGGGAUUAUAUUUUGAAAAACCUAAACUAAGGUGAAAACAAGUGAAAAAUGCAUUGAAGACUCCUAAUGUACUAGCAGUAUGCAUUACUUUAAUUAUGCUUAGUACUGCAACUGGCCAAGAUGGUCAAUACUAUCAAAAUGAAGUCUAUUUAUAUAUAUUAAAAAUAAAAUCUUUCAUGUAAUUCAUGAAAUGCACUGCAUUGCAGGAUACAGUAUCAUUUUUUCACACCAUUGAACAUGUGGCUAAUUUCACUGCAGUUCAUUUCUAGUUCUUAUCAUCAUAAAGAAUUUGAAUAGUACAUAUUACUAUUCCAGCCAGAGAUGAAAUGGUGAUAGUAGAAGAUACUUCAUCCUGAGGACAUUAACUCAGCCAACAUUUUAUCAGAUUUUUGCUCAUCCUGGUGGAUCAUGUCUGUAAUCUCACAUACUUGGGAAGAUUAUAUGGGGUAGGAUUGCAAGAUUUAAACCAGUCUGAUCAACUUAAUGAGACUUUAUCUCAAAAUACAAAAAAUCAUUAAUAUAGUUUAUUUUCUGGUACACUUGGGUAAAAGUUUUGUGUUUUAAUAAAGAACAAUAAAAACCUGUAUUUAGUUUAUUCCAUCAGACCUGUUACAUUUAGUUCACUGCUUAUAUGACUAUAUAAUUUUUAGUAUUGCAUUUCAUCAUUGCUUCUGUUCUCCCAAGCCUUCGUUCCAUCUUACCAAGUACAUCAACCACAAAAAACAAAAACCCAUGAACCUCAUAUUUGUGUCUUAUCACCAUGUCACAAAUAUGAAAUUCAAAAGCAAUGCAUAUGAUUAAUCUCAUGCCGUGAUUCCAACAAUGGCAAAAUGCCUAAAGUAAAGAAUACCCCAGGACAGGUGAGCAGUAUAUGGGUGUGAAUGGCCACAUCAGAAAAACAAAGCAAAUCUAAAUAGGCAACCUAAUGGUGCACCUCAAGUUCCUAGAAAAAGGACAAUCCAAAUAUAAAUAACCUUACAAUUAGAAAUUUUCAACAGAUUUGUUAAAAACCAAAAGGUUUUUAUCUUGACUUCAGUAAGAGUACCUUGUCUUGAAAUUAUUUGAGCAUGUUUUCCUCAUAAGAUACAAAGAAGAUGACAUUGCAUCAGUAGUAGAAUAUACAGCAUGUCUAAUGCCAGGUCCAGUAGGAAGUGGGGAAGCAGCUAGUGGAAGGCAGUCCCCAGCUGGGCUGUGACCUAUGCAUGCUUACCAUCAUCUUAUGCUUUGGAGACUGAUUUUAUGAAUUGCUUUUGAGUUUUAUUGUGUUUUUAAACUUUAAUUAGAUAUUAAAUACAUUCGAUAUAUGUGUGUAUGUGUAUAUAUAUAUAUAUAUAUGUAUAUAUAUAUAUAUACAUAUAUAUAUAUAUAUAUAUAUUCUAAUUUUAAUUUUUGUUUGGUCUUUUUGAAAUAGAGUUUCACUGAUGCUCAGGGUGACCUUGUAACCCAGGCUGGUCUCAAACUCACAAUGAUCCUCCUGCCUUAGCCUCCCAAAUACUGAAAUUCAAUAUAUUUUGACGUUACAUUUAUAUAUUGCAAUUACAUGUUAAUGACCAUACACUUCCCUUUAUGUUCUACAAACAUGAGUGAACUAGGGCAGGAUUAUAAUUUUGUUUACUUUAAAAAUUGAUGUUAAAAUAUCGUUCAUGCUAUCUAAUAAGUUCAAUCAGAAAAACAUGGUGAAUCUAUAAAUAGUGCUCACUGGUAGAGUGAUUGUAUAAUUUGCCCGAGAACCUUGGUUCAUUGCCAUCACCGGUAAUGAGAAAAAAAUAAGACAUGGAAGCUGAAAUUGAUAAAAUAUUUAUAUACUUCAAUGGACACAGUAGUUGUCCCUAUAGGUUUAUGGGUAUUACAAUGUGAGGGUAUUUUCUGAAUUCUGUAAGAUGGCAUUGUGCUCAAAAUUUCUAUAAAGUUCAUGUUAGUUUCAUAAUUUACACUUUUUUCUUCAGAUUUAAAUUUGUCACCAAAAAAAAAAAAAGAAUAUGUUUCUAGUUUUCAGAAAUGUCUAAUGAAAUUCCAUUCAGAAUAGCUGUAUGUUUGCAAUUUUAUUUUAUUUUUUGUACCGGGGAUUGAACUUAUGACCUCACAUAAUUUUAUUUCUUUAAGUCUUUUUUAGUCAGCAAUAAUAUAUUAUAUUACAUGUGAAUCAGAUAUGGUACUCAUGUUUUUAUUUUGAAGGCCCACUCACAGGGAUGAAAGGUAAUGUGUUUAAGAUCAUCUCAGAAAUGACUGUUCAAUGUGUAUUAUUUUACUCAAUUUUCUUAAUAUGCCUCAUUACUAAUUUUUUCUUCAUUGCACUUAACUGAGUAACACUUUAUUGUUUUCUCCAAAAUUCAGAUUUUCUUAUUCUUUUGGACAUAAGUGACAUUAAUUUUGUAUUGAUACACUGAUUUAAUCCUUGUCACUUUUCCUAGAUUAUUUUGUAUGCAUUUUGUUUGUUCUGUCUCUUAGUUUUGUGAGGAAGAAAAUACAUGUGUUUUAAAUUUCUCCUUUGGUUUGCUUUUGAAGAGAGAUGAUGCUCAGAUACUUUCUGUUAAUGAGGACAUUUUCAGUCCUUUGUUUUUUCUCCCUGAAUAUCUUCAAAAAUCUUUUCCAGUAUGUUCUAAUCAUUUGGCACAACAAAUUGUGUGACCUAAUUAUGCAUCAGUGUGAUUUUUGCUUUAUACAUUAUCCUGUUUUUUUUUUUCAACAGCAUUUUUGGGUUUUAGUGAGGAUAUUCUGUUUGCACAUCAACAAACUGGAUUUUAUAUAUGCCUGCUUAUGUGAUAAGCUAUGGAAUGAGAAUCUCUGUGAAUGGCUAAUGAAUUCUUUAUUCUGAUGAAUUCAGUAGUACACAUCCAUACAAGUUCUAGCUUGAAUCUUAAAUGCCCCCAAAACCUGUCUUUCAUGCACUUGGUCUCUAGAUUAUUACUGUCUGGGAACGGGUGAUACCUGUUGUAUUGGGUUUCACUAGAGCAAACAGAUAUAAAAUGAGAUAUACAAAUGUUUAAGAAAUUGCGAGAUUGGCUUACAAUGGUCAGCCACAGGGUUGGAUGAGGAAGCAUGCAGAGGCUGAAUAUGUGCUGGAGACCAAAGGAUUCAAUCCAAGGUCUGGAGUUUACCCUAGUGUCCUGUGCAAGUCUGCACCAGCAGGCUGAUGCGUCUGUGACAGAAGGCUGAAAGGUCUAUGCUGGAAGGCUGAAGAGUACACUGGAAGCCAGAUGAUGUCCAAACCAAAGACAAAGACUGGAGCUCCUCCAAAGAAUGGAAUUCAUUCAUCCUUUUAUACUGUCCAGGUGAUGAGCCACCCUAGAGAGGGUCUUCUACAACCUAGGGUGUAGAGUUGUUAAGCUUCUAAAUGUCUCCAGUUGGCACAAUCAACCACUAUACCUGUAAAAGGUGAGCCUUAGAUAAUUCACAUUAUAGAUGAAAUACUUCAAAGGAUGCUGUGGAAUAUCCUUCCCUUUUUUCUUCCACAACCUAAAAGAAUUUCUUUCCUUUCUCACCUGCUCCUGACAUAACCUGCCUCAAUGUAUAUCUAAAAGCAGUAAAGCAAGAAAAGUACUGAAAAUUCUCAAGGUUAAAUAGUCAAAAUAAAGGUUUUACCUUAUAUACUGAAUGUAUGGUAACAUACAUGAAUUACUGUUUAAAAGUUUUUACUUUAAAAUAAAUGAAUAUAAACAUC